AUGGCAAUUCAGGCAUACCUUUCUAUGAAACCAGGCGAAUCUGUUAUUUACAUCCUUCUCAAUAAUGUGUCUUGUCCACUUCAAUUCAUCUUCUUUAUCGAUAGUCCCGAGUAUUUUAAAAACCCAUCGCCUAUGGAACCAGGCGUAGCAGUUUUUUAUGUCGAGCAGCAAAACUUCACGAGAAAACUGAAGCUCCAAAUUAGCAAGAUUGGUGCUGAGCUCCUUGGGGAAGGACGCAGCAAUGAAGUGUCUGGAGUACCAAAAAUAUUUACACGUCCUGUAAUCCUCGUGAGCAUAAACAUACUUCAUGUCCUCAAGCUCCUUGUUCUUUUCAUUAAGAUCAAGCAUAUCACAAAUAUCAUUUCUGUGGGUCCAUGCAUCCAGAUUAUUCACAUUACCAAGUAA